UGUAGAACUGGCGUGCAGCACAAUGGUGUAUGGAUCAUAGCCCUUUUCCUUUUUCUUUGCAAAAAUAAUUGCAGGGAAAAAAAAGAAUUUACAGAAAACCCACCUAUUAGUGGAUCUGCAAAGGAUUUUGUUUUGAAAAAAGCCCGGUCAAAAUGUCAACGGGUAAAGAAAUCGGGGGAGCCCAACAUGCUCAAUAUGUGGGACCAUAUCGACUGGAAAAAACGCUUGGAAAGGGACAGACAGGAUUGGUGAAGCUUGGAGUCCACUGUGUAACAUGUCAAAAGGUUGCAAUAAAGAUCGUCAACAGAGAGAAGCUCAGUGAGUCUGUGCUAAUGAAGGUGGAAAGAGAGAUUGCCAUCCUGAAGUUAAUAGAACAUCCACAUGUUUUAAAGCUACAUGACGUCUAUGAAAAUAAAAAAUAUUUGUAUUUGGUGCUAGAACAUGUUUCGGGGGGAGAACUCUUCGAUUAUCUCGUGAAAAAAGGACGAUUGACACCAAAGGAGGCCAGAAAAUUCUUCAGACAAAUAAUCUCUGCAUUAGAUUUCUGCCAUAGUCAUUCAAUAUGCCACAGGGACUUGAAACCAGAAAAUUUAUUGCUGGAUGAAAAGAAUAACAUUAGAAUAGCAGACUUCGGAAUGGCUUCACUGCAGGUUGGCGACAGCUUGUUAGAAACCAGCUGUGGCUCACCCCAUUACGCCUGUCCUGAAGUCAUCAGGGGAGAGAAAUAUGAUGGUCGUAAAGCAGACGUUUGGAGCUGUGGUGUCAUCCUUUUCGCACUCUUGGUGGGAGCACUGCCAUUUGACGACGAUAAUCUGAGACAGUUACUGGAAAAAGUAAAGCGUGGUGUGUUUCAUAUGCCACACUUUAUACCACCAGACUGCCAAAACCUCUUAAAGGGAAUGAUCGAGGUGGAUGCUUCAAAACGCUUAACUCUAGACCAGAUCCAAAAACAUUCUUGGUAUAUCGGGGGGAAGAAUGAACCGGAACCAGAGCAGCCUGUUCUAAGGAAGGUGCAGAUACGUUCACUUCCAUCACUGGAGGACAUUGAUCCAGAUGUCCUGGACAGCAUGCACUCACUGGGUUGUUUUAGAGAUAAAAACAAGCUUAUGCAAGAUUUGGUGUCAGAUGAAGAAAAUCAAGAAAAAAUGAUCUAUUUUCUUCUUCUUGAUCGGAAAGAGCGGUAUCCAAGCCAUGAAGAUGAAGACCUGCCACCUCAAAAUGAUAUCGAUCCACCUAGAAAAAGAGUAGACUCACCAAUGUUAAAUCGGCAUGGCAAGCGGCGACCUGAACGGAAAUCGAUGGAAGUAUUGAGCGUGACUGACGGGGGCUCUCCAGUUCCAGCUCGGCGUGCUAUAGAGAUGGCACAGCACGGCCAGAGAUCACGAUCAAUAAGUGGAGCAUCGUCUGGCCUCUCCACCAGCCCUCUCAGCAGUCCGAGGGUGACCCCUCACCCUUCCCCAAGGGGAAGUCCCCUCCCCACCCCAAAGGGCACUCCAGUCCAUACUCCCAAGGAGAGUCCAGCAAGCACUCCGAAUCCAACACCACCAUCCAGCCCCAGUAUUGGAGGAAUGCCUUGGAGGACGCGGCUGAAUUCAAUCAAAAACAGUUUCCUUGGCUCACCUCGGUUUCAUCGCAGGAAAUUACAAGUACCUACACCAGAGGAGAUGUCGAGCCUAACUCCAGAGUCUUCCCCAGAACUUGCCAAAAAAUCAUGGUUUGGUAACUUCAUCAAUCUGGACAAAGAAGAACAGAUAUUUGUGGUGAUCAAGGACAAGCCAUUGAGUUCCAUUAAGGCAGACAUUGUCCAUGCAUUUCUUUCAAUCCCCAGCCUAAGUCACAGUGUCAUGUCUCAGACAAGUUUCCGAGCAGAGUACAAGUCCACUGGGGGACCAGCUGUGUUUCAGAAGCCAGUUAAAUUCCAGGUGGACAUCACUUACACAGAAGGCAGUGAGGCACGGAAGGAGAAUGGGAUUUAUUCAGUCACCUUCACACUGCUGUCAGGUCCAAGUCGUCGGUUCAAAAGAGUGGUGGAAACAAUUCAGGUCCAGUUGUUAAGUACGCACGACCAGCCUUCUGUGCAACAAUUGUCUGCAACUUCUCACUGUAUGCAGCUGCUGACUGGCAGACUUUCAAAAUGUGGCAGCCCAUUGAGUAACUUCUUUGACGUAAUUAAACAACUUUUUUCAGACGAGAAGAACAAUGGGCAUGUAGCUCAUCCGCCAACCAAACAUGGUACAAACAGCAAGCGGAAUGAUUCUGAUUCUGUUGACUAUGGUUCUAGAGGAGACCUUAAAUUUCCAGCUGGGAAAGAGAAGGCAAAGAUGGUGCCAAGUAUUGGGACACAGGAACAACCUUAAAUCCAUUUAGAAUUAGUCCCAUGUUCUAAAAGGAUGUAAAUACCAGACUACUCCAGUACAAUGUCCAUAGACAGAUUUUGUAUGGCGGAAUGAUUGUAUGUAACUGAGGAUUAGCACGUACAAGCCCCUCUACAACAUUUGUUUCCCUGUUUUUGCUGCUCUCGUUUUAUGAUGACCUGAUUUAUU